CCGGUGUUACCAGACCCCGGUGCUACUGGAGCCCGGUGUUACCGGAGCCCGGUGCUGCCAGAUCCCGGUGUCACCGCAGCCCUGGGAGCGCGGGUGCCGGCCGGGAUGCGCUGAGGGCUCCGGGCAUGGAGGGAUGGAGGGAUGGAGGGGAGCGGCCGCAGAGGAGGAUCCGGAGCCGGGCCCGGGCAGGGGUGGCGGUGCUGAGAAGCCCCCGGACCCCAAGGCCGGCUCCGAGGGGCCGCGGUGCUCCCGGGGACGGCUCCGAAGGGUGCGGGGGAUGCCCCGGGAGCUGCGGGCAGCGGGAAUGGGAACGGACAGGGACUGCGGGAGCCCUUUGGGAAUGCGGAGGGAAGGCUCUGGCAGGGGGCGAGCAGAAACAGCCGGAGCGCCACAAGGCUGUUCCAGCCUUUCAGCGCCUUCUGCUGCUUUCUGCUGUAUUUAUGGUGUUUGUCACAUCUUAGAUGCUCUCGUUGCCGGUGAAGCAGAGUUAGUGCUGAAUUCUGUGCGUUUGCUGCCUUGGGAGCAAUGUUUAAGUGACCUUUUGCGUAACACAUGAAGGGUCACGGGCACAAACCUUUGUGUUUUCACUGCCAGAUCAGCCUUAGCUUCUCCAACCCUUGCAACAUACUUGAGCUUUAGUUUCUAUUUGUGGAAAGCCGCCUUUCUAAAAUGGAUAUCUUUUUCCACGCUAAUACAUUGUUACUGGGGUCUAGUUAAGAGUUGGAGAAGAUGCAAGGAGUGUAAGAGGCACUCACACUGCUGGUUCUUUUGAGCUGGAAGAUUGAAUCUGUGUGAGUAAUCCAAGAGAAACAACUGCCAGCCCCUGCCACGUUUUCAUCUGUUGGUAAACAUCAGCUGCUGGUUGGCCUUCAGGGAGCAAGACUGAAUUAGUUCCAGAUGGAGAACUCUUUCAGCCCAUUUAGACUUUCCAGUUGAUUUAAGCCAGCAGGUUGAUAACAGGUUAAUUAGUACAAAGGGCAGAGGUUCCUGCUUGGAUUUGCUGCGUUGGAAGAUUUUUGUGGGGAGUGUUUAAAGACAGACUGAGGUCAAAGACACUGCAGAAUCUGGAAGAGGAGUCAGUUAUAAUUGGAAAGGCUGUGUUGAGGUGCUCCAGAGGAAGAAGGAACACAGAGUCUGGUAGGCAGAAAACAUGGAGCAGCCCACAUGAAGAAGCACAUGGAGUUUAUAUUCCUGCAAGAUGUUCUUUGGAGGACCAAGCCCAGUUUUCCAGGCUCCUGGGAGAUGAACCAUUAACCACAUGACAUUUUUGCUUGGACAAGUGCUGUGUCAGUGUUGCUUUGUGUGAAGGACAAAUAAUUCAUUUCUUCACCUCACCAUGUCGGCCGUGAGCAGCUCCCUGACGCCGGAGACCCCGAGCCCUCCCCAGCUGGAGGAGAAGCCAAAGGGAAAACCCCUGUUCCAGCUGGGCUCACUCUUUGCUAACAGGAGUGAGAAAUUUGUGAUUGCUCGCAGCGACAGCCUGCCAGAGGAGAAUGUCCUGAAAAUCACAAUCACAGAGACCACGGUCAUCGAGUCCGACCUGGGCAUCUGGAACUCCCACGCUCUCAUCUACCUCACGUUGUGGUUUUUCUUCAGCUUUUGCACUCUGUUCCUUAACAAAUACAUCCUGUCCUUGCUGGAGGGAGAGCCCAGCAUGCUCGGUGCUGUUCAAAUGCUUUCCACCACCUUCAUUGGCUGCAUCAAGAUGUUUGUCCCAUGCUGGCUGUACCAGCACAAGACCCGCAUCUCCUACCCCCCCAAUUUCAUCAUGAUCAUGCUCUUUGUUGGAUUAAUGAGAUUUGCAACAGUGGUCCUGGGGCUGGUCAGCCUGAAGAAUGUGGCAGUUUCAUUUGCAGAAACUGUGAAAAGCUCUGCUCCUAUUUUCACUGUCAUCAUGUCCAGGAUGAUUUUGGGGGAAUACACCGGAUUGCUGGUGAACCUCUCCCUGAUCCCUGUGAUGGGAGGGCUGGCGCUGUGCACGGCCACUGAACUCAGCUUCAACAUCCUGGGCUUCUCUGCAGCCCUCUCCACCAACAUCAUGGACUGUUUGCAAAAUGUCUUUUCCAAAAAACUACUCAGUGGAGAUAAAUACAGAUUUUCAGCCCCAGAGCUUCAGUUCUACACAAGUGCUGCUGCUGUGGUGAUGCUUAUUCCAGCCUGGAUAUUUUUCAUGGACGUGCCUGUGAUUGGGAAAAGUGGGAGAAGCUUCAGCUACAACCAGGACAUUGUGAUUCUCCUCCUGAUCGACGGGGUCCUGUUCCACCUGCAGAGUGUCACAGCCUAUGCCCUGAUGGGCAAAAUUUCUCCUGUGACUUUCAGCGUCGCCAGCACCGUCAAGCACGCUCUGUCCAUCUGGCUCAGCAUCAUCGUGUUUGGGAACAGGAUCACCAGCCUGUCCGCCGUGGGCACCGUGCUGGUCACCGUGGGCGUGCUGCUCUACAACAAGGCCAAGCAGCACCAGCAGGAGACCCUGCACAGCCUGGCCAUGGCCCCCCAGCCACAGCCCGGGCCCACCGAGGACACCGAGCCCCUCAUCUCCAAGGAGCUGGAACCCUACAGUUAACGAGGCUCUUCACCCUCCCAGCCCGGCGGGGCUCCAAGGAAAUUGUCCUGGAUGUGGCUGUUCCUUGGGCUCCUCGGGGUUCCUCUGGGCUCCUCGGGGUUCCUCUGGGCUCCUCGGGGUUCCUUUGGGCUCCUCGGGGUUCCUUUGGGCUCCUCGGGGUUCCUCUGGGCUCCUCGGGGUUCCUCUGGGCUCCUCGGGGUUCCUCUGGGCUCCUCGGGGUUCCUCUGGGCUCCUCGGGGUUCCUCUGGGCUCCUCGGGGUUCCUUUGGGCUCCUCGGGGUUCCUUUGGGCUCCUCGGGGUUCCUUUGGGCUCCUCAGGGCUCCUGUGGGUUCCUUUGGGCUCAUUUUGGGCUCCCUUGGGCUCCCUUGGGCUCCUUUGGGCUCCCUUGGGCUCCUUUGGGCUCCCUUGGGCUCCUUUGGGCUCCCUUGGGCUCCUUUGGGCUCCCUUGGGUUCCUUUGGUCUCCCUUGGGUUCCUGGCAGGUCUCAUCCAGGACCUGAAGCAGAAAAGAGCUGGGAAGGAUCCAGGAAAGCCUUGGGAAUCUGGUGCCCCAAAGAGAGGACCUGGCACGUGACAAACGUGGGCUGUGUUGUCUUUCCUCCACUGCAAAUCAUGUCCAAGCCUGUGCUGGUGGAAGAACUUUGGUGUUUUGUGGGAGAACAAUUCCUGUCUCCCUCCCCAUCCAAAUAAUGUGAAAAUGUGGCCCCACCACUGAAUUCUGCUGGCAGAGGGAUGGAACUGGUGCCUCAUGGAAAUUCCCGGUUAUUCCCUGCAUCCUCUGUCAUUCCUGCGUGCUGUGGAGAUGGGAGAGGUCCAAGGAGGGGAUUGUCCCACCUGCCCUGCCCUGGGGUGGCCUCACCUCAAGCCCUGAGGGCUUUUGGGGACCCCCAAAACCUGCCCGAGCUCCAGGAGCAUUUGGACAGCACAGGAGGGGAUUUUGGGGUGUCUGUUCCAGGCAGGAGUCGGACUGGAUGAUCCUUGUGGGUCCCCUCCCACUCAGGACAUUCCAUAAUCCCAAGAGGGAUUAAAAUUCCCACUUUUCUGUCCCAAAAAAACCCAACUUUGUGGGUUUGGUCGAAGCAAACUGUGGGAAAUGAGCUGUGGUGAGCCCCCACUGCUGACUACAAAUCUGGGAUUUGUAGUGGUUUUCCUCCUAAAAUGUAACGUGGAAAUGUCAGACUGCGAUGAUUUACUGACAAAACUGAAAUUCAAGUGUUCACCCACACCCCCUGUGCAAAUGGAGUGUGGAAUUCAGUAUUGGGAGUUGCUUAAAGGUAAAAAAAACCACUGAAAAUUGUGGUGUAAAAGAAAGCAGGAUCUCUGUAUUUGUGUAAAAACCAUUUUGUUGUUUUAAUUUCGUUUUAUGAUGCAUGAGGAGAGAAACUGAUGGGGUUUUUUAUGUUAUUUCUAAGAGUGCAACAAAAAGCUGCCUUUUAGAAACUCAGGGUUAUGAGUCUAACCUGUGUGUAAAAUAUCUAAAAUUUCUGAUUGUGUAAAAUCUCAGAGGCAUUUUUGACAGAUGGAAUAUUAACCAUAAACUGAGGCAAAUCUUUAUUUUUGCUGCUCUUAAGUUUCCUUUUUUUUUUGAAGGAAAUUUGUUUUUGUGGUAGGUCAAAGAUUAAAAGUUAUCUUUCCUUUUCAAAAUUCUGAAGAACAGUUAUUAGUUUUGGGGGAAAAAAAAAACCAAAACGCACAUGUAGCUAUAAAAACAUUUACAUGGACUUUUUGGGAACAAAAUUUAAGUUAAAAUGAGUGGAUUUUAAUUGCCACUCUUCUGGAAGCUUGGAGCAUGGAUAUAUAGUGGUCUUUAUGGUAAAAAUAAUGGUUAAUGGGAAGUUACCUGUGGAAUUCCUGUAAAAUUCCAUUUCCACACCUCAGUGCCUGCCUGGGGCAGAUUCCCCAGAGAGCUGAGGGAGGGAAAUGCCAAUUUUUUCAUCCUUGUGCAUGUGAGAUGUCUGUGGUAUUUUAUUUCCUUUUGUACUCCUGUUACUUUUAUAAAAGCUGUGGACUGUGGAGCUCCGUGGGGUUUUUUUGGUUUGUUUUCUGCCAAAUACACUGAGAUUUUUGAAAGUACAACUGAAAAAAAAGUGUGGUUUGUGUCAUAUUUCUGCUUUAGGUGACAGAAAUCCCACCAUGAGCUGCCUGAGAUUCAUUUUAGAACCCAGCAGGUUUUUUUGUUUUUUCCUUUCUGUGAUCAAAACAGAGCCCUGGGAUUUGAGAUUUGGGAAUGGGAUUUGGUAAAAAAAAAUCUCAAAUUGUAUUGGCUUAAUAAAACUUACAUGUAAAAACUUUAGAUUAAUAAGAUAUAAAUCUACUAUUACUUUAUAAAACUUAAAAGAAACUUAAUAGGGCCUAAACUUAAUAGAACUUAAAAGACAUAAUUUAAUUGAGUAAUACUUAACUUAAACUAAAUUAUAUUUAAAUUUAA